AUGGUUAAUGCAAAUGAGAGGGUCGUCGCUGUGAUCAUGGUUGGAGGACCCACUAAAGGUACUAGAUUCCGGCCAUUGUCAUUCAACAUACCCAAGCCACUUUUUCCACUAGCAGGACAACCAAUGGUUCAUCAUCCAAUUUCUGCUUGUAAAAGGAUUCCUAAUUUGGCUCAGAUUUAUCUGCUUGGUUUCUAUGAGGAACGUGAAUUUGCCUUAUAUGUCUCUUCUAUCUCAAAUGAGCUUAAAGUCCCUGUUAGAUACUUGAAGGAAGACAGACCACAUGGUUCGGCUGGUGGUCUUUAUCACUUUAGAGAUUUGAUCAUGGAAGACGAUCCGUCACACAUCUUCUUGCUGAACUGUGAUGUUUGCUGCAGUUUUCCCCUGCCAGAUAUGCUGGAUGCUCACAGAAGAUAUGGUGGGAUGGGAACAAUACUAGUUGUGAAGGUUUCUGCAGAGUCAGCGAGCGAGUUUGGGGAAUUAGUAGCUGAUCCAACAACUAAUGAACUAUUGCAUUAUACAGAGAAACCUGAAACUUUUGUAAGUGAUCGUAUAAACUGUGGAGUGUACAUUUUUACACCAGAUAUCUUUACAGCCAUCGAGGGUGUUUCUACACAGCGGAAAGACAGAGCUAACCUAAGACGUGUUUCCAGUUUUGAAGCAAUGCAACCAGAUCCAAGGACUCUUCCAGCAAAUUAUGUCAGAUUGGAUCAAGAUAUCCUCUCACCUCUUGCAGGGAAGAAGCAGUUGUAUAUUUAUGAAACCAAUGACUUCUGGGAACAAAUCAAAACUCCAGGAAUGUCCAUAAAAUGUUCUGGCUUAUAUCUUGCUCAAUUUCGUUACACAUCCCCCCAUCUAUUAGCGAAUGGAGAUGGUAUUAAGAAAGCCCACAUCACCGGUGAUGUUUUUAUUCAUCCAUCCGCAAAAGUGCAUCCAUCUGCUAAGAUUGGUCCAAGUGUAUCAAUAUCUGCAAAUGCUCGUAUAGGAGCGGGUGCACGACUAAAAAGUUGUAUCAUCCUUGAUGAUGUAGAGAUCAAGGAAAAUGCUGUUGUUAGUCAUGCAAUUGUUGGAUGGAAAUCCUCUAUUGGAAGAUGGGCACGAGUCCAGGCUAGUGGAGAUUACAAUGCAAAGCUUGGGGUAACUAUACUUGGUGAAUCUGUAACAGUUGAGGAUGAGGUGGUGGUUUUUAAUAGCAUUGUUCUGCCACAUAAGGCCCUAAAUGUGGGUGUUCAAGAUGAGAUUCUUUUAUAG